AUGCCAGAUUAUAUCCGCUGGGAUGCGCCAGGGGUCGAAGCAGAACAGCCUGGCGAGCAGGAAAAGAUCAAGCAGGUCUCGGAUCAAUUCUGUAGGUUCCAGAUGAUGAACUUCGAUGAGCAUCAUCAUGCCCUUCGCGGAACUCACUUGAAGACCCAAGGCUGCGUCGCUGGCAAGUUCAUCGUCCACGAUAACUUGCCUCCUCAUCUGGCGCAAGGCAUGUUUGCAAAACCAGCCACGUACGACGUGAUAAUGCGAUACUCUUCUCUCACGCCGAAGCUUGUCCCAGAUAAUGUCCCCGCACCACGUGGAAUCGGCAUGAAGAUCUUCGGCGUCGAGGGUGAGAAGAUCUGGGGAGAAGACAAGAAGACUCAAGACUGGACAUUCAACAACUAUCCCGUUCUUGAACUUCGAGAUCCUCAAACGACCUAUGAGAUCGCAGACUCACUCGAGCGAAACUGGGACAACAUGGAUGGCUUUGUGGACGAGCUCAGGAAACGACCAGAUGCCGCGGUCGCCUGUCGACCGGCGAGCAUCCCUCCCCAGCACAUGGUCUCCAUGCCGCAAUAUUCGCAAUCUGCAUAUCGGUUUGGUGAUUAUGUGGCAAAGUUCGGCGUGUUCCCCAUUGGCGAGGAGCAAAAGAAGCAAGCGGACUUUCAUAUCACAGAGAAGGACCCUAAGAACAUCAUCUCAAGAGAGCUCCGCAGGUUUCACGUGGACAACAAGGUCACUUACUCCUUCUGUGCCCAGCUGUUACAGAGCCUCGAAGAGCAGCCUGUUGAAGACAUCGGCGUGGAAUGGGAUGAGAAGAAGUAUCCGUUCCAGCAGAUUGCAACACUGGAAUUCGAGCCGCAGGAUAGCUGGUUUCCGGAGUUUCGAGUCUGGUGGGACGAUAGGAUCACCGUCAACAGCUGGCACGGACUGAAGGUGCAUCAGCCGCUGGGCAGCACGAAUCGGAUGCGCAGAGUUGUCUAUGCUGAGUCGAGGAAGCUGCGGUUAAGAGAAAAUGGGCACAAGGACUACAUUGAGCCAGGGAGUUUGAAGGAGGUGCCGUGCCAGGUGACGGCAGCGGCUUGA